AUGGCGGUCCUGACCGUGCACACUGAACCUCGCAAGGCAAAAUACAAGCUGUGUGAUGAUGCAUCUGCGCCGUCCUUACAAUGGAAUCAGGACUACGGCUAUGGCUCAGCUUACAAAGGCAUCGACAUCAAAAGUGAUGGACAGAACCUUCACAUUACAAAACCUGGCCUUUAUCACGUCUACUCCUUCUUCACGUUCAAAACUCACCAACCACGUCAACAUCCUGACAACGUCUUACAUACCAUCAGAAGAAGCAACGCCCAUCUGCCGAAUAUGGGGCGCACUGUUCUUCUCAUGGCCAAGAAGACCUUACCGGAAGCCAGCGAGAGGUUCGUCACGAGUUAUCUGUCCGCUACAGUCAGACUGAGGCAGGAUGAUCACGUGUCUGUCACUGUCAGCAACAUGUCACAUGUCUACCGAUAUCCGCCAUCAAAUUUCUUUGGCUUGUACUACGUAGGGGAGUGA